GCACACACACACUCUUACUAAAAACAAUACGCAUUAUCACAUAACAAGUGCAUACGGGUGUGUACUGUGGUGUAAUUUUGUUAUUGUGCUGUGGCUGUUGUAAUUUGUUGCUGUUUUUUUGGGAUCCAAAACCGAAGCCGCCCCCCGCAAGGAAUAAAUCGUGGGGGAAGACCAACAAGUGCGCUCUCUCACACACACACACACACACAGAUACCUAUUAAGGCGCGCGGGCUGGCAGCAAUUGAAAGUGCAUUGUGAAAAUAGAUUCGACACAAAUUUUCAGUUUUUUGUAAAAAAUUCUGUUUGUUAAUUUCUGUGUGGGAGAGCCGACACCGAGAGAGGAGCAUCACAGCCAGGAGGAGAAUCAUGACCGACCUCAACGAGCUAAUGGGAUCGCCGUUUGUGCGUGUGAAGCUGGUGGCCUUUGUCCACUUCUUCUUCAUGUCGAAUGCCAUGCUGGGAAGAUGGGACCAGGGGGCGUAUGUGUUCUACAACUUCCUCUUCAUGAUCGCCAUGUUCUGGACCAUGCACAGCAAGGACUCCAUCGAGGCAGUUCAAACGGCGCUCGUCAUCAACGCUUCUAGUAUAUUCUUUGAUAUAGUCAGCAUUGUUAUUUCUUUUAAAUUCAUGAAUGGCUGGGCCGUGGCGUUUAGCAUUAUUAACCUGAUCCUGAGGCCAGUGAGCGUGGCCCUGCUCUACCGGGAGUUCAAUACACGGGGCGGCAGCCUCCAAACGGGUUCGGUCUUCCCCACCAGCCAGCAGCGCAGCUACCAGGACAUCGACCGGCCCACCCAGCCCACACCCACUAACUCCCAACCGGGACCGAAUGUGGCUAGCAUUUUCUAGGCCACCCAGCCACCCCACCUCUGCGAUGCCUACACCCCCCAUCACACCUAUUCUUCAAAAAUGAUAUAAUGAUGGGCGACACAACCCUUCCAAGUACCUACAUAUACAUAUAUAUAUUGAAGACAAGACUCCCCUAGUCAGACGGAUGGAAAAGACCCCUCGAUCUUUUAUCAAAAUUGUAUAAUUAUUUGCAUUGUGAGCGUUGUUUUGUUUUAAGUGUAUCCAAAUAUUUCUGUGUGAGACAACGAUUAAGAUUAAGAACUUAAAUAACAUAAAAAUCUGGGUCAUAAUCCAACAAAAAAAGAAUCCAAAAUUUAAAGUAAAAAAAAAAAAGAAAACCU